GAAAGGUCCUUUCCUCUCGCUUUACCCCGACUUUCUUUUUUCGAAGAGGAAGCGGAAGUGACGUACAACGCGGAGCACUUGGUGGGAGAGCCGGAAAGGGAGAGGGGGAGGGGCCGGGGCCGGGAGCCGGAGGGAGCCGCGGAGCAGCCGCCACCGUCGCCGCCGCUGCCACCGGGACCCCAGGGAGCAAGAUGGCUGAAAUCAGUGACCUUGACCGCCAGAUUGAACAACUACGGCGCUGUGAGCUCAUCAAAGAGAGCGAGGUCAAAGCCCUCUGUGCCAAGGCCAGAGAGAUCUUGGUAGAGGAAAGCAAUGUCCAGAGAGUAGAUUCUCCAGUAACGGUUUGUGGAGAUAUCCAUGGCCAAUUCUAUGAUCUUAAAGAGCUUUUCAGGGUGGGUGGUGAUGUGCCUGAGACCAACUAUCUCUUCAUGGGAGACUUUGUCGACCGUGGUUUCUACAGUGUUGAAACGUUCUUGCUACUACUGGCCCUCAAGGUCCGCUACCCUGACCGGAUCACCCUGAUUCGCGGCAACCAUGAAAGCAGACAGAUCACCCAGGUUUAUGGGUUUUACGAUGAAUGCCUGAGGAAAUAUGGCUCUGUCACUGUGUGGCGGUACUGCACUGAGAUCUUUGACUACCUCAGCCUCUCUGCGAUCAUUGAUGGCAAGAUUUUCUGUGUCCAUGGUGGUCUCUCGCCCUCCAUCCAGACGCUGGACCAGAUCAGGACGAUAGACCGUAAACAAGAAGUUCCUCACGAUGGUCCCAUGUGUGAUCUUCUCUGGUCUGACCCUGAAGACACUACAGGAUGGGGGGUGAGCCCUCGGGGGGCUGGCUACUUAUUUGGCAGUGACGUGGUGGCACAAUUCAACGCAGCGAAUGACAUUGACAUGAUCUGCCGGGCACACCAGCUGGUUAUGGAAGGGUACAAGUGGCACUUCAAUGAGACAGUUCUUACUGUCUGGUCAGCUCCCAACUACUGCUACCGCUGUGGAAAUGUGGCAGCCAUACUGGAACUAGAUGAACACCUUCAGAAGGAAUUUAUCAUCUUUGAAGCAGCCCCUCAAGAAACUCGAGGCAUCCCAUCUAAGAAGCCUGUUGCGGACUACUUCCUGUGAAUGCUCUUCCCAUCUCCAUUGUGCAGUUUCUGUUUUCUAUCGUGGCUGGGGUGGGCAGCCUUUCCCUCCCCCCAAGUCUGGCAGGGUUCAGGUUUCCCUCUUUCAGGUCUUUUCUCUCCCUGUUCCCCACCCCCCCACCCGUGCCCAAUAAAUCCUCAGUUCUGGACUCCUUAGUCUGAAUUGGAUAUAUAUUUUUCUGCAUUAUUGUAUCCCAGCCAGUCUCUCCGCCCUUUGUGGUUUUUUUGAAGGCUGCCCUAAUGUUUAUUCCCCACCUAUGAUACUGCUUGGGAAGUCUGGUUAUUGGAGAGACCCAGAUCACUCUGUGCAAAAUCUAGAAAUGCAGAGAACAGGAGAUUCAGAGUUCUUUGGUUUCAUUAGAGGAGCGGCUGAUUGGCUUCCUUGCCCAGCUGUCUGAGGUAUACGUAGUGUUUCUCUAUUCCCGAAAAGUAUUGGAAACUACUAGUGGGGAAAGAGCAAGCUGGGUUUAAAUGCACCCCACCGCUCCCAAUUCAGUGGCCAAAAAAAUGUCAAGUUCCCUGGGAGGGAAAAGUCUCUGGACUAGUUCCUGUCUCUGAGAGAAAAUGGGAAGCACCCUUUCUGGUCAGCUGACCAUGGAACUCUUUGGAUUUGGUGCCAUUCUAUUACAUUUAAAGCAGAAAACAGGAAGUGCUUGAAACCUAGACCUGUCUGGUUGCUGGAAGACCUGGAACACUGGUUUCCCAGCACUUCAGUGCAUUGUCUGCUUAAACUACGUGGAAGAGAUUGACCAGAAAGUGCUUCUUUCUCUUCUUUUUUUAAAGGUGCUACCACCUCUUAAACUUAUCUGGGCAGUUAAACUGUCCCCAAGUGUAUCACAAUUAGAAGAUGCGCACAGUGGUAGACUUUCUGGUCAUUGGAGGUUCCAAGUAUUUAUGGAAUCCUUUCAAGUCUGGUAGUCAGUUUACUAAAAUUUUAUCACCAGA